AACUGAUGGUGUCACUUUUAUUUUAAAGUGAGGACAAAACCAAACAUAUAAUACCAAGUGAGAAUCAGAUGCCCUGAAAAAGAACAGGAGAAACCCUGGCAUAGUCGUUCAAAAUAGAGCAAGUAGAAUGCAGAGCAAUAAUCUUUUAAUUUACAGACGAGAAUGAGACCACAGUCUGAAAUUUGGAACAAUCACAUUUUCUUGUCGGACAAUCAAAUUUGAACUUUUAGUUUCCUGUAGGCAAGCGAUUUAUAUCUUCUUGAACUUGUCGGUGUGCUUUGCAAGGAGGAAGGCUGUGACUAAAGCACAAGAUUAAAUUAUUCAGGAGACCAGACUUUACUCAACUCUGCCAUUCACUUCCUGCAUUACCUUUCACAAAUCCCUUAAUUGUCUUUUGUUUUCUCCUCUGUGAAAUGGGAAUAGUAAUAAUUGCUUACCUCAAAGGGAUGUUACAAGGUGGCAUUAGAUAAUAUUUGUAACUUAUGUUGUCCUUUGGAUAGAUACAAGCGCAAAGUAUUUAUCUUUCAAUUUAAUGAAAUGUGAUAUUUGACAUAUAUUCUCUUUUUAUAGAAUUCAACAGAUGAAUUUGCAGAGAAAGUGGACAUUAUACCUGCAAAGUAGAGGCUUUCAUAGUGAUAACUAAUGUAAAGAUCUUUGCAGACAGCUUUUAACUAUGGCAGAGCAACCUUACAGCCAGGGAGCAAGUUCUUAUCUGCACAAGCCAUAGAAGAAAAAUCACAUUUAUAUUAACAGUUUCAUUGGAUGAGUGUCUGCCCUAUUGUAACUUUGGAUAUAAGCUGUGAUUUAUUUUUUUCGUACUUCAUAGGAAAAUGGCUUUUCAGUUUAACUUCUCUAUUGAAGAGAAAGCAGGAAAUGAACUCGAGACUCUUGGUGAUACAGCCUUGCAGCUGGAAUCUGCACAGGCUUCUUUGAACCCAGGCGGAUCUACAGAAAAGAGCAAAGAAAUUUCAUCAGAAGAAAACGUUGUGCACAAGGAGUCUCUGUGUGCACAUGAGGCAACACCCAAAACUUCAGAUCCAGUAGCAAACUGUAGCCCGGUCCAGGUGCUGCCAAAGAAACGAGCCAGCUUUAAAGUUGCCAAAGAGCAUAAUAUUCCUGAAGAUUUCAGCAAAGUGUUAGAAAAUAAAGUUAUGGAAGCUGUACAGGGCCUAUACUAUGUAAAUAUUUCUGUGGUGGAAAUGACCCUUUCAAAUGACUCCCAUGAAGAAGACAUAGUGUCUAAAAGUAUUUCUUCUCACUCUGAUCUUAUCACAGGCAUCUAUGAAGGGGGGCUGAAAAUAUGGGAAUGCACUUUUGAUCUCAUGGAUUAUUUGUCAGAGGCUGAAAUGCAGUUUAUCAACAAGACAGUCUUGGAUCUUGGUUGUGGGGCUGGGCUGCUGGGAAUACUUGCAUUAAAGAGAAAAGCUAAAAAAGUCCACUUUCAGGACUAUAACCACACUGUGAUUGAUGAAAUAACCUUGCCUAAUGUAGUGGCUAACUGUACUGAUGGUGGUGGUGAUGGCGGAAUUAGUGAACCUCCUUCAAAGAAGCACAAGAAAGCAGACUUCAUACCAGCUCUAAUGUCUAAGUGCAGAUUUUUUUCUGGAGAAUGGGCUGAGUUUAGCCAACUCCUGUUAAGUGGCAACAAACCCUUUUCAAAGUAUGAUCUUAUUCUCACAUCCGAGACCAUCUACAAUCCUGACUAUUACAGUGCUUUGCAUGAUACGAUUUCUAAACUGUUGGAUAAAAAUGGCCGCGUGUAUUUGGCUAGCAAAGCACAUUAUUUUGGGGUGGGAGGUGGUGUGCAUAUCUUUGAGAAAUUCAUUGAAGAGAGGAAUGUGUUCAGGACUAGAACUGUCAAAGUUAUCGAUGAAGGACUGACACGGUACAUUAUUGAAAUGGCCUUUAAGAUUUCCAGUUAAUCCACUCAUUCCCCAUUGUGCCUGUUAAAUAUCUUAAUAAAGAUGUGAUUUAUA